AUGUACGACGCGUCGGUGAGAUACGGGCUACUUCUUGAGCUGCUAGAUAUCGAAGCCAGUCACAAGGGGCUCUGCGCCCUUCUUCACAUCACCAAGAUCCCCGACUUCUCCAAACGGAUUCGAACAUUAACACUUGAGUCUCCUUAUGAAAACGAGCCAGCUUUGCCAGACUACUUGAAGGCUAAAUGGGCUAAAGCCGCGUUUCGAGGACAGAUCGUCGACGACAUAAGCACUUCUUUGGAGGCUAGCGAGACGGUACACCUUCUCGCGCAAUGCUUUCGGAACUUGAAAGACGCUCCUGCGCUAUCAGAGAUUACCGUCCACGGGCGCAACUUGUACGGUCUCGUUCCCGCCGCUCUAGCAGCAAGUGAGUUUCCGCGAGAGAUCGCAAUCUUCGAGGUACUAGCGCAGCCUGUCGUCGGAUCAGGCUAUCGCAGUGUCACAACUUCCCCGGGGGAAUGCGCGCCGUAUACCAAAGGUCUGAGCAUCAAAGCGCCUGACUCGGCUUUCGAGAGUGCAGGUUGCAUGUCACUCGAUAGGAAGCUGGUAAAGCAGAAGAAAAGACAGGUCGGCAACCAAGGCUACCACUUCAAAGGAUAUCAGCCAAGCUAUCGGGAGUUCUCCAGAUUUAUUGCAGCGUAUAGCGAGAUCACCCAUCUCGAAAUAGUUGGAUGCGAUGAAUUGCCCAUGUUAAGGCUCUGCGACGGAUGCGACGCGGUGUUCAAGCAUAUUGAGACCGCGAACUUUCCUCACCUGACCUAUCUCUCUAUGAAAAGGGCUUACGUGAGUGGAGGCCGACUUCGCGGCUUUGUCAAGCAGCACACCAAAACCCUGAAGGAAGUCCGCUUCUCAUGUGUUUCUCUGACGGAUGGCUCAUGGCAAUCUCUAGCCCAGGGCUUGCUCAAACUACCGCAACUCGAGACGCUCUACCUCGAAUCUCUCUACCAAAGACACGAAGUCGUCAAGUCCAAGAUUCCAUCUUUCUCAGAUCAAAGCUGGUAUAUCGAGCUCGUAUAUCACGGUAAUUCGAACAUCAAGCUCUUUCUGCAGAUGUUCCUGCAGCACUUCUGGACGGCGGACUUCGACCGCAAGCGAUAUUUCGAUGGUUAUACCGGGACACAACCGUCGCGCAAGACUCGGGCUAGCUACUAUCAAGUGUACAUGUAUGACUUUCCGAAUGUUGUGGCGAGUAACGGAUAUAUGGAAGCUGCAUCCGUUGAGAAACGGUAUGCGGAAGAGGUGUUGGACCUUAGUUCUGACUGGAGUGACAUGCAGGCGUACAGGAUGUACUACUAG